GUAAGACUGCUUUUAUUUUUAAGUACAUACUUAUAAUAUAUGGUAGUACUUAAAAGGCUGCUAUUGACUCGCGAAGUCGCAUUCGUAUUAUACCCGUUCAACGAAAUAAAUUAGAAGUGCUGUCUAAAAACCUAGUGUAAAACGGCAAAAGUUUGAAAUUAAAUGGAUUCGUUGAUAAAGGAAUUUUAUAAAGAUAAAACCAUAUUCCUUACGGGGGGAACUGGAUUUUUGGGAAAAGUGGUUAUCGAGAAAGUGCUACGGGCGACAGAGGCGUCACGUAUUUAUGUGUUAAUUCGAUCAAAGCGUGGAAAAAGUCCACAAGACCGCAUAGACGAAUGGAAAACAGAUCCAUUAUUUGGAGUACUACUCAAAACUCAAACAAAUGCUCUGGAGAGAAUUGUGCCCAUAUCUGGUGAUUGUGAAGAACCAGAUCUGGGAAUCAGUGCAGAGGAUCGUGAGCUGCUCAAGAAUGAGGUGCAAGUGGUGAUUCAUUGUGCAGCCACAGUGAACUUUGCUGAACCUUUGCACAAGGCAGUGGAUGUUAAUACUCGUGCAACUCAGCUUAUGUUGAAUCUGGCCAAGGAAAUGAGUCGAAUUGUGGGAUUUGUCCACGUCUCUACAGCUUUUAGCAAUUGUGUAAUUCCACACAUUUUGGAACAAUAUUAUCCGGACAAUCUGAUUGCUGGGGCAGAUAAGGUUUUACCGAUUAGAAAAAUUUGCGGCGAUGUUCUAUUAGACAGAAUGACAUCGAGUCUGAUAGGCAAGUUUCCUAACACCUACACUUACACAAAGGCUCUGGCAGAACAAGUGAUUCAGACCGAGUCGGAAGAAUUACCGGUGUGCAUCUUCCGACCAGGUGCAAUUGUUGCAACUAACAAAGAACCGAUGUCGGGAUGGAUAGACAACCUCUAUGGACCCAUUUCUAUGAUUUAUGGCUGCGCAAUUGGUGUUUUACGAAUUAUACCUACAAAUAAGAGAUUUCUCCAGCACAUAGUGCCAGUCGACUGCUGCGCCAACUGCAUACUUGCUUGUGCCAUGCAAACGGCGAAGGAAUCAUCUGAGAAGAGACGUCGCUCAUUGCCUCCGACCAUUUAUAAUUAUGUACCCCAUGAGCAAAAUACGUUAACAAAUAAGCAUUUCAUUGAAACAGUUUAUAAGCAUCGAUAUACUUGUGCUUUAGAGCAGGCACUGUGGUAUCCUUUCUUACAUACUACAUCCUUUCUUUGGAUGUUCAAUUUGAUAGCGAUCUUCUAUCAUACAUUACCCGGAUAUGCUAUUGACCUGGUUUUGCGUUUGCGAGGCCAAAAACCCCGAAUGAUUAAGUUAUAUCAAAAGGUCCACAAAACUAUGAACGCACUCUGCUUUUUCGGUACAGGAUUCUGGACAUAUAAAACGAUAAAUACGGAUCGUCUUUGGCAGUCACUUUCUGAUGAAGAUAAAAAACAUUUCGAAUUUGAUAUGAGAAAAUUCGAUUGGGAUGAUUAUUUCACACGUGCAUUAAUCGGCAUGCGUGUCUAUAUGGCCAAAGAGGAUCCAAGCGAUGAGAGUAUAAUGCGUGCUCGCAAGCACAUGAAACGUCUUGAAAGGCGCCAUCGGGUAUUACAACUUUGUAUUUGCAUUUGCGGCAUUUUCAUUUUUAAAUGGCUUGUUGGUUUCUAUUUGUAA